CCAACUUGUACUUACUGUGCCACCUGCAAAGCUUAUUCAAAUUAUGAGUCACAUGGGUGUAGCUUUUUGUUUUAGUGCACUGGCAGGCUGAAAGUCCACAUUGAGUAUGUUGCUUUUGAAACACAUACUAUACCCCACAUUUUAUGAAUAUAAACUUACAUUAGUGGCUGACUUUUGGACCUCACUGAUCCGUAAUAAAACUGUUGACCAUCCUAUCUCUUAGUGAGUAGAUAAUCUAAUAAACAUUUAUCUCACACAAAGAGUAACACUAUCCUUUCAGGAGGGUGUGUUUCAUGAAUAGCCCCAUGGAAAGUGGCCAGUGACGGCAGGGUUUAAACCAGACAGCGCAGAGAUCCACAACUUGAAGAGUUUUCCCUGGCUGUGGUUUGUUUUAGGUCAUUAGUAAAAGGACAAACUACAAAAAUGGCUGUUAUUGAGCAAAUGCAAAACAGACACUCAGACUACCGUAAUGGUGGUGAGGGGGAAAUGACCAAAGAGGAUGUGCUGAGGGAGUCUUCAGAGGGAGACUCUGUUCUGGGACGGUACAGCAUUAUUUCCCGUAACUCUGAGAGACCUGUGAUCCAUCAGGUGGCAUCAGCGCCCAUGCCUUCAGACUGCGAGUUCUCUUUCUUUGACCCAAAUGAUCCUCUGUGUCGGGAGGUUCUGCUGGAUCCGCAGACCACUGUUCCCGAGCUCUUCGCUGUUCUCAGACAGUGGGUUCCCCAAGUACAGCGGAAUAUUAGUGUCAUUGGCAACGAGAUUCUGAAAAGAGGCUGCGGUGUCAAUGACAGAGAUGGUCUUACUGACAUGACUUUAUUGCACUACUGCUGCAAGGCAGGGGCUCCAGGAAUAGGUGACGCUGAGAGUGCUGCCAGUUUCGCCCGUCAGCUGUUGUCUCUGGGAGCCGAGCCAUCCUUGCGCAGCCGUUGGACGAACAUGAACGCUCUCCACUACGCCGCAUAUUUCGACGUCCCUCCUCUCAUCCGCGUGGUUCUGCAGGCGUCACAGCCAGGAGAGGUGGAUGCGACCUGCAGUGAUUUUGACUUUGGCACUGCGCUGCACAUCGCCGCCUCGAACCUGUGUACCUCUGCAGUGAAGUGUCUGCUGGAGCUGGGAGCCAACCCCGCUUUUAGGAAUGAUAAGGGCCAGUGUCCGGCUGAUGUUGUUCCAGAGCCUCUAGACAUGCCUCUUGAAAUAGCUGAUGCCGCGGUCCAGGCUAAAGAGUUGCGCACACUGCUACAGGAGGUCCUCCCCAGACCCGAUGCUCUUCUCCCGCUCCUGCCUGCUCGACCUCCAGGUCUCCUCUCAGAUAAAGCUCGUGCCCAGCUUUCAAGUAUGGGACUUCACAUUGGAGACAAAGUUAUCAUUGCAGGUCAAAAGGUCGGGACUCUGCGGUUCUGCGGAAGUACCGAGUUUGCUGGUGGUCUUUGGGCUGGAGUGGAGCUUCACCAACCAGUGGGCAAGAAUGAUGGAUCGGUAGCUGGCGUUCAGUACUUCACCUGCCCCAUUAAACAUGGAAUCUUCGCCCCCCUUUCUAAAGUCAGCAAACUAUCAGAACGCCGGAAAAGCAGUCCCCGCCAACCCACCGCUCCCGUUCCCCACCCAAGACGGAUUGACUUGGCGCGGGUCACAUCCAAGGUCAACACAGGUCUUCUUUCACGCAGUUGCUCCACUUCCUCUUCCUCUUUGGACUCCAGGCAAACAUCCAGGCGACCACCGCGGCCACUCCCCCGUCAAAGACCACCACUGCGGCCAUGGCAGGAACGGACACCUCCUAGCACCAGAUCUACUCCUCCUCCACCCUCCCGUUCCCUCACCACCACGCCACACUCUGUAAUUGCUCGCAGCAGAACCCCUUCAGCCAGCAGCACAGCACAAGAGAGCCCAGAGGUGCAUUUGGGGGAGCGUGUAUUAGUGGUGGGACAAAGGACAGGGGUUGUCCGAUAUUACGGCAAGACCAGUUUUGCUCCAGGAUUUUGGUUGGGGAUUGAGUUGGACAAGCCGAGCGGAAAGAAUGACGGAUCAGUUGGAGGAGUACGAUACUUCAGCUGUCCUCCGAAACACGGAGUCUUUGCCCCACCCUCACGAGUUCAGAGCAGGAUUCAUGGCUCAGUGGACUGUCUGUCAGAGCUGUCCUCGUCUCGGAUGAACUAUUCCUUCACAGGAAUUCGACGCACUCUCAGCACUUCCUCAGCCAUCGUCACGCAGAGAGAACCAAGUCGCAAAAGUCAAGCAAGCAGGAACCGUUCCAGUAAUUUGCGGCGACGCUGGAGCACAGUCAGCGCUGGCUGGGGUACAUCAAGGGCAAACAGCAGCGCUGGCCCAGGGCCUAACCGAGUGGGUGGCACCACCAGUUCCUCUGGCUCAGAUGGCACUGUCAAACUCCACCUGGGCAUGCAGGUCUUGCUAAUUAGUGCCAAUGAGAUGGGCACCCUCCGCUACAUUGGCACAGCUGACUUUGCCCCUGGCCUCUGGCUGGGCCUCGAGCUGCGAAACCCGAAAGGAAAAAACGAUGGUUCUGUGGGCAGCCGACGCUACUUCAGUUGUCGACCUGGCCAUGGGGUUCUGGUGCGACCCAGCAGGGUCACGUACCGUGGUAUCAACGGGGCCAAGCUGGUGGAUGAAAGCAGCUGAGACCGUCACGCCGAAACGUGGGCUUCCCAUCUCCCCAUCCAUCUGGCUUUCGCUUCAUUUUGUUUCUAUGGAUUUGUUUUGACAUUUCAGCCAACCUGAGGAGGCAUUUUCUUUCUAACUGCACUAAGACUCAGUCGUUCACAGCUGAUAAACUGUUUAGUCCAUUUUCUAAACUAACUAAUUAUAAUGUGUGGGAGCAAAUAUUCUUCUGAAGUUUUAAUUUUAGCAGGAGGUUUGAAUUCAGAUGCUUCUGAUUAAGUAAACAUUAGCAGUCUCUCAGCACUUUAAUAAAUGUGGGUGAAGACAGUGACUUAAAUGGCAGGAUUUAAGAAGUUCAGACAAUUUUUAAUAACUUCAGUAACUGUGACUGUAUCAGCUCCUCAAAUCCCCUCAGACGUUCUCUCAACAGAAUAAAGCAUCGCUUAGUGUUUGUCAACUCCUGUCAGAAGGUGCGAGUCCCUUCAGAACAUGGCACUUAUACAUUCAGAAACGUGUAAUCUUUCAUCUUGAUUCGAGGACAGUUAGAAUUAAAUAAUAAGCGCUUUAAUAUUAUCAUAAUCCAAGAUCUAAUCAGCUCAGUGAAUAAAAACUUGAUUGUACUUGAUAGUUCCACAGAUGAUGUAGCAGUUGUUGCUGCUGACAGAUUUAAUCAGGGUUUUGUUUUGUCUGUAAUAAAGAACGUCUCUUGACUGAGAGAUCCCUAAUAGAAACUUAAGUCAGUUUUAUGAAGUCGUUUAAAGAUGAUACACAGACCAAACAAUGAGGGCUAAAUCAAGAACUUGUAUCAUAAACGUGUUUGUGGAUAUGUUUUUGUUUUGGACGGUUUAGUCUGUAAUAACAAAUCAAACAAUUUUUAAGUGACUCCAUUAUAAUGAACCAAUUCGUAUUUUUCAUAAUAACAUGCAAAUAGGCAACAUGCAGGCAAAGUUAGCAUUUCUCCAUAUUUAUAUUAGAUCAUAAAAAUCCUUAAUGAGAAGAGACUGGCAUAAUUUCAUUUUUUUAUUUCCUCUCAGAUGCAACUGUUCUUAUUUUAUUUACCCCAUUUCUUUUUUUUUUUUUUUCUUUUUUUUAAAUUAAGGUUUAAUUUGUUGAUUCUCUUAUUUUCCAUUCCAUUGUUUUUGAAUUCCUUUCCAAAAUCUUAGUUCAACAAUGUCUAGGAUGAGUUUACAGUCAGUGUAAAUGCAGGAAUUACAGAUGUAUGGUUCCUCAGUGAUCAUAUCAUUUUGCACUAAUGAGGGAAUUAUGAAAAUAUGAUGUUUGUGACAUUGACUAGGUAUCAGAAAAAAGAAAUUCACGAGGGUUAAAAUUGGCAAGAAAACCAAUAAAUGAAAAGGGUUAUAAAAUGGGACAAUUUCCAAUGGAAGUUGGAGUCUUAUUGCACAUUUCAGCCUGUUUCCACAGGGGUGUUUUGUACUGUCUGUACAUUAUCUGCUUAGUGUUGGGUGUAUAUUUUGUGUGAAUUAAAAUGUAGUAUUUUAGUACUAACUUGAUUCUGAAUUAUUAAAUGUAAUGCACAAAGAAAGUUUGUCAAAUUUGUAGAUUACAAUAAAGGUUAUAAUAUUUAA